AUGAAAGUAACUAAUGAAAAUGUGAUUUUGAUAGGCAAUAGAGAUAAGCGAGGAGUAAGAAGACCUUUUGCCGAGGUAAGGAAUAGGCGGAGGAGUUCUCCCAUCAGUAAAGUUGAAGGUAAGUACCUUUUAAAUGAGCAAAUACCAUCAGAAUAUGUAGUAAGUAUUUUGGCGCGCUAUCAAUUGGAAGAGAGAAUGUUUAUGGCUGUACCUGAGUAUAUGUCUUUUCAGGAUGAGUUACGUUGGGCUAUGCGGACUGUUUUAGUGGACUGGAUUAUUGAUGUUCAUUCUAAGUUAAACUUACUUCCUGAGACACUUUAUUUAGCAGUAAAUUUGAUAGAUAGGUUCUUAUCAGUACGAGUGGUUAGUAUAGGUAAAUUACAAUUAGUUGGUGUAUCUGGUUUAUUGGUUGCUUCUAAGUUUCAGGAGGUGGCUUCGCCAUCGGUGCAAACCUUUGUGGGGUUGACCGAUCGGAGUUUUACGGAGGAGGAGAUUUUAAGGGCGGAGAAGUACUUGUUGCACUGUUUGGAGUAUCGGAUGGGGUAUCCCUCACCAUUGAACUGGCUAAGACGAGCGGCUGGUGCGGAGGAGGAGGUGGAAAGGUUGGGGGUGGUUGUUCUGGACUUGGUGAUUUUGGAUGAGCACUUCUUGCGGUACCCGCCUUCUUUAUUAGGAAGUUGUGCGGCGUAUGUGGCCCGGGCGUUGUUAGAAGUUGGGGAGUGGGAAGUCUUUCAUCACUUUUGUGUGUACACUAUAGAGGAAAUGGCAGAGUGUUUGCGGGCGCUUAAAAGUGCUUUAGGGCGGCCGAUUGUGCACGAGUCGGUGUUUAAGAAGCAUGGGACGGGGUUUACUAAGCACUUAGAGAAGGUGAGCUUAAUUGGUCCAGAAGUUGGGCGGCAAUAA